UGGGAAAUUUCGAUUUGCUGGCUUUAUAAUGAGACAGCCGAGAGUCUCAUUGUCUCAUACGACGACCAGAGGGCUGGAGAGGUUCUUUCCGUCGAAAGCAAAGCGGGUUUGAAGUAAAGUGGAAUUGAACUGGACAAUAACUUAACUUUGAGGGAGCCAGGAUCGGGAGCACUUGUAGCUCAGUCAACGAGAAGUGGACCUUUGAGGGACCAAGGAAUACGUUCUAUCUGUAUUCUCAAGGGAUAAAAAGAUCGAGGUGUGAGUCUCAAGGGAGGAGAGUAAGAGACCCUAUUCGUCUGUUCAUCCGGUGCCAAUUCAACCGCGGAUAACGCAAAAAUCUUCUCACAGGCUUACGCCCUUCAACAGAUACGUUAUGGAAGGCGAGACCGAAAUAUCUUGUAACGAUCCGGGUCCUUGGCUUAGGUGUUUUCCGCCCCGCUUCGAAGUCAUUGAUGACAUCGGCUGGCCCUGCCUGCCCAACCCAGGCGCAUCUUUAAUAUCGAACUUGGUCUCCAAGCCAAACGGUGCUAAACCUAAAUCUGUCGUUGAUGCUAAUUCUACGGCGAACAAUGGCAAAAUAUCUACUGAUACCAGGAAAGUUGAAUUAUUGGGAAACAGAUGUGCGAAGUUGAAUAUGAAAAUAGGCAUUGACUCAGUUGAUGAUAAUAACUAUGAUAUGUCUCGUUUCAAACGGUCGCCCGGUGUUGUUGUCGGACCGUUUCUGUCCGACUGGACAAAGACGAGCCUCAAUAACGACGACAGUGCCGCAAAAUCGUCAUUUUCGGAAGAGGGAAAGACCCGUCCAUCCUUUCGAGUAAAGAAAUCGGGGAGUGAUGCGGCGGAUUCUAUAAUCUAUGGUGCUACAGACACUGAGACCAAACGAAAGAAAUGGAAGCCUGCAGACGUAAUGGAUGUGACGUCGUUUAAAAUGUCGCUGUUUCCCCGACCAAUUCCCAGUUAUUGCGCCAGUAACUGUAGUGAGGAUUUCGAGGAUAUGUGCCUCAUGGAAUGCGAUUCUGAGUAUCUAGAGUUCGAGACAAUGUGCAGUGCCUUCGAAAACAUUGCAGAUUUGGACAUUUGCACCAAAGAUGCUGUGACGUCACAUCGUCUGCGCAUGACGCGCAAACACAAGAAAAGAAAAGCGGCGAAUCAAGUGAAAGACAAGCAUUGUCGGAGUGUGAAAAAUAACAACAGAAAACGACUUUAUAUCAAACAUAUUGUUUACAAGAAAAUUAAUAUGGACCAACGUGGUUUUCACUUUUUGCCGAGCCCCAAGAUGCAAGCCGCAAAUGCAGAACUGCAGAGGAAACGCGCCGUUGCAUCAGCGGCACAACCGCCCAGGAAGCCAAUCGCGAAACCAAAAUUCGAAGUUGAUUCGAAAACAAUUAGUUCUGAUCUAAAACGUAAACUAGACAAUGAAACUCUGAAUAGUCUUGUGGACUUGCAGCACAGAGAUCUCACGGAUGACGAUUUAGUACUUCUGUUGUCGUUGGAGGGCGGGUUGAUGCAGGAUACGUUUGUUGAGACGAUGUCCGAAGCACGGAGACUGGAGUUGCAGGAAUUGGAGCGGGCGCUCCUUGCCCCGCCUCCACAGCCGGACGUGCCCAAUACAUCUGAAAACGCCGCAAAUCAGACUUUGAUUGACCUCAUGACAAGGGACCUCACGCCGGAAGACUAUGAACUCCUCCUCCGCUUGGAUGAAUCAGUCGCGCCGAAGACACUGGAGACGGACAUAGUCAAGUCGCUUCGGACAGUCAUUGUUAUGACUGACUCCACCGACUGGUGUCCUAUCUGCAUGGACCCAUACGAGCUUGGGACAACCAUGAAGUACUUGCCGUGUGAUCAUGCGUUCCAUGAACGCUGUGUGGACACUUGGUUGAUGGAGAGGUCAAUGAAUUGUCCUCUGGACGGAUUACCCGUCACAUGUGCCGUUGUAUAAGCGUUUAACAGGAGGGAGAUAUAUCAAGCGGAGACACGUCUCAAGUUCAGGCCAUAAUCAAUGUAUCGAGCUGUGACAUUAGGGACUCGUUCACGUAGUUGGAGUCAAUCUCAACUUCCCUAUAGCGUACGUCUACCGUUCAAAAUUAUCAGGUCCUAGUCACAGGUUAAGAUCUCUGUUCAUCAUAUGAAUUACUGGAAAUAAAUUUAACAGAAUAUA